AUGACCGAAAUCAAUGAAUCGAUUCACCUAAACUGUACCAUACGUUAUCUAUUGAACAGUACCAAUAUCGAUCCAACCUCAAUAUUCGAUCGUUAUCCUCAAUGUGAAUUACAACGUAAAUUUAUGCCAAUCUUUUUAUACAUUGUCCGAACAUUCAUGUUGAUUUGGUUAAUCAGUGGUCUAUUCGGCAAUCUGCUGUCUUUUCUCAUUUGGAUAUCAAAACAACAAAGACGUAAAAAUAGUUCAGCUAUCUAUUUAGCCACUUUAUCAAUGACCGAUUUAAUAUUGAUUCUGUUAUUGUUAAAUUAUGAUUUGGAACGUUAUUGGUGUAUACGUGGUGUCACUAUAAUACCGGGUAUUUGUCAAAUAUUUCAAUGUCUAUUCAUAUUUACACAAUAUUACUCGAUUGCAUUAGUAUUCGGUUUCACAUUAGAACGUUAUUUGGCUGUAUGCUUUCCAUUCAAACGACAUAAAUUAUGUACAACAAAGAAGGCGAUUUUAGCUGUGAUUAUUUUAUCAUUAUUUAUUAUUGGCCCCACAUUAUCACAAGCAAUUUUAUGGACUUUUGAAAAUGGUGAAUGUCGUAUGCGUAUCAAUAUUGUAAUGGAUGAGAAAUUUCAAACCUUAUUAUUUGUACAAGAAGUUGUAUUCUCGCUGGUUAUACCAUUAGCUACACUGGUAUUUAAUAUUUUAGUAUUAUGUGAAAUGAGACGUUUAAUUAAAUCAAGUCAUUUAAUGAAAAUAUCGAAAUAUCGUUCAGUGCAUUCUUCAUCUAUGACAAAUACUACUAAUACUACUCAUCAUGAGAAUAUUAGUAGUAUUGGUAAUCAUCAUCAACAACAACAACAACCACAGUAUCCGAAUGAUUCUAUCAGUAGAUUAACAUUGAAACGAAUCAAUUAUAAACAAUUAUUUAAACGACACACAUCUAAUCAUACUACUGAUAAUGUAACAAGUAGUUUCAAUAAUACAACCGAUGAGAUGAUGCCUGGUAGUCGACGUACGAACAGCUGUACCAGUUCUCAACCUCAACAGCAUCAAUCUAAUCGUCAUGACUCAUCAUUGGAUACACCGAAUUUCAGUCCAAUGAAAACAACACGAUUGAAUUCCACCGGGGAGAAUCAAAAUCCAACCAAAGAAUCAUCACAAUUCAUUUCAGCGACAUUAAUGUUAAUCAUCUUAUCAUUUUAUUUAAUUGCAUGCACAGUACCAACUGGCAUUGUUUAUCUUAUACAAUUUCAUUGGUUACAACCAGACGACUGUUUAACCGAUCAAAUGGUUUAUCAAUCCCCUGAAUGGUCAUUAUUUUUUCAACGUAUUACAACAAAAGGUUUGAUUGACGCGUUGUGUGCAUCUCACUACGCUUGUAACUUUUUCAUUUAUUUUCUAACUUGUACUGGAUUUAAGCGACAAGCAUUGAAUAUUUUAAAGUGUAAAUUCUCACGAAUGCAUUCUUCUUAUUAUGAUAAUCCAGAUUAUGGAACGGAAACGCUGAUUCUGUCACGUCGUACUGCACCGAGAUCAUUGCGUCAUUUGUCGGAGAAUGAUUUAAGUUUGGAUGCGAAUCAUAAACCAUUAUUGAUUUUUAAUAAUAAUAAUAAUAAUCCUACUCAGAAUAAUCAUAACAGUUCUAGUUAA